ACGAACGAAAUAUAGAUAUAAGCACUUAUACCCUGCUUUCAAGUUAAAAUGUGAUCUCACAAAGCAAAAGCGCAGACAUAAAGUGCAAAUGCUCGUCUUGAUUAAAGUCAGUGGCUUCUAAGUACUUUCAAUGUGAUCCGCUGAUUAUGGAGUCACCGGAUGUAUCAGAGAAAGAAAUUUUCGGGAGCAGCCACCAAUAUUUUUACAAAACCGAUACCGAUUUUAUUGCAAGAGGAAGUUUUGGGAUUGUUUAUAAAGCUGUUUUAACCGGUGCAUCCAAUCUUCUCGGAACUUUUGUGGCCGUGAAAGUCGUACAUGUGCCAAAAGAAUCUGAGAUAUUGGUCAACCUCAAGAAAUGGACGAACUGGGGGGAUCGCAUGAAGAUUCUUCUCGGUCUUGCUCACGAACAUAUAGCUGCAUACCACAAAAUAACAAUUACCAGACCAUUCAGAGGCGCAUUUGUUGAAAUUGUGAUGGAUUAUUAUCACGGUGGUGAUCUUGCCUGUUUUUUAUACGGCCUUCGAAAAAAUGGUAUCCGUCUCGAUCGAGCAACAGCAACGCGAUAUGCAAUAGAAAUAACGGACGGCGUGCACUUCCUGCAUCAGAAAGGGCUUGUUCAUGGUGAUCUGAAGCCAGGAAAUGUGUUUAUAAAACAUCUGGACAAUGACCAUGAACGCGAUACUUUAGUUAUUGGCGACCUGGAUGAUUUUGUGCAGAUGCAGCGUAGCGUCACUUGUUCCGGCGACAUUACGCAUGUUCGUGGUACCAUACGUUUCAUGUCUCCGGAAAUGCUGAAAAGAUUCGCAACCCUGAACUCGGAAAUUCCCGGGCGCAAAACUGACAUAUGGAGUGUUGGAUGUAUAAUGUUAGAGCUAGCCCACUGUAUCACCGGUAGCAAAAGAAAACGGCUAAAGAAGAACUGGAGAAUAGUGGAGGCCGGGUACAGAAUGUCCGACACGCAUUUUGCUACUUUGGUCAUUGAUGGAUACGUGCCGGCAGUUACCAACAGAAAUCUCCUUCCGGCAGAACUGGUGGCUUGUAUGCAAAGAUGCCUGCACCGCAACAGUGAAAAACGAGUUUCUGCCGAUGAAUUAUUGAAAAAGUUGUUGUGUGUGGAUCCGUUAAAUACCCCGGCAAUAAUUGCUCGAAAAGAAAUAAAACACACAAUACAACGAUUCAGAAAGCAUCGUGGACAAAUCAUAACAGAUGCCUGGCGGCUUCCACUUCUCCUGCAACCUUGACUGCUUGCGAAAGUAAUGCACAAUCGCAGUUAUAAAAAGACUGAUGAGUGACUUUUCUGCGCGCCGUUGUAUCAAAGGGUCGGAAUAAUCUGCCUACCGUCCGGUGAGAGACAUUACACUGGGCACUAGGGUGCUGCGUCGUCGAAGGGCAGGAGCGUUAACGUUUAGUCGAUCGGCUUUUGAACUUCCGCUCGAUUCCUUUCGUGUGGCGCUGCUUUCCACUAUAACCGGUGCCUGGCUGUAUCGGCGCGUCAGGGCAUCCAUUCGGGCCAGUUUUGCGACAACUUCCUCAUCUUCCGGACUGAGCUGAUACUCCACUGUGACCUGGCCUGCACUGGGCUGGAGUAGACCUUCUACAAUAUUAAAUCAAAACGUCGUUGGCUAAAAUAUGCAGCAAACUGGAACAGCCUUUUUUCUAAAGCCAAGGAGCGGUAUAUAAUAUUCAUGUUUUUUUAAUGGCAACACAAGCAAAAAAAAUUGACCUUUCUGUUUCGCAGCUCUUGCUGAUGCCUGAGGAUUAGGAAGUCUGCGCAACCAUGCAUAGUGUAGAACUGCGUAGAGUGCGCCAAAACAGAUAUAAGCCGAACCGAAAUAUACGUAGGUACGGCGAGCUCCUAUGUACUCGAACAUCAGUCCGCCGACCAAGCUUCCGCAUCCUCUUCCUAUUUCGGAAAACAUUCAAAGUGACAGCAGAAGCUUUUUCUAUUCGACUGUUUAUUCAACAGAUAAUCUCUAAAGUUGGAAAUGCACUGAAAUCUGCCUUUUUAUUAUUUUAAAAAAUUUUGCGUAUCUCAUUAUCUGUGCGUAUCGAAGUGGCUUCAGAAUUCAAACUUUGUGAACAA